GACAAGAACUAUAUGAAGCAACAAAACGACUACUAAUAGGGCAUAAAUGAAACAAGAGGUACAAGGACGAGCAGGAAUAGCACGAACGUACUAGUAUUAAGGAAGUACUUGAAAGGACCCCACGAGGAUUCUUCUCAUAAAAGAGUGUGUGUGUGACAUACUUACAACGAGAGAAAGUUACAGAAUGGUUGAUGUGGAAAAGAGAAUGGAUUUCGUAGAGGAUACGAUGUGCGACGUCGAAGACUUAAUCGCUGAGGUGAUCGCGGCAGAGGAGGCGGAAGAGGAAGAAGACUCGUGGGCCAGCAGCGAUGAAGAAGGAGACGUGGAGAAUGACGCAAAUAGAAUUCACGAGAGCUACUUGGUGAUGAAGGCGUCUUCCUCUUCCUCCUUAGCACGCGGGGACGACAAGUCGUUGAUGGUGAACAAAAAUACAACCUCGUCUGUUUCUGUAGUUGUAAGUAGGGGGCAGGAAGGUCGCAGUGUGUCCGGGUACGGAUCCAGCCUCUGUUCUUCGGAAGCGGCUCCUUCUAGUCAUAAUGUUGACGUUGCGGGAUCUACUGCGGACAUGAAGAGUGAUGUUGCAGCUAGCGUGGCAGGACUUCGUGAUCCGGACGAGGAUGGACUUCAAAGUGGCGUUGUCACUCCUGCGGAAAGUAUCAACGAGCGAGUCCGGGUCAACAGCAACGAGAGCAAUGUUUCCUCUCUUGGUGGUGAGGAGGACGUGGAAAACGUCGUCAAUGAUGGUGCAGCCUCGAAUGCCGCUAGCUCUUGUGCCGCGAUGAGGAUCAAAGAAGACUUCGACGACGAAGAAGUAGAAGAUACACCUAGGUCUUCGAGUGGAGGAAGGACAGCCUCAACCGCAAGGAACAUCAAUAACCCUUUUCUCGUUCGGUCUGAGGAGCAUCAACAUCUUCAUCAUCUCAACAUCGCUGCUGGUCUAGAAGAGGAGAAAACCACUGCUGCGAACAGUACCAGGAGUAACUCGUUUGAAGAUGAUGUGAGCAGUGUCCGAGUGGAGGCAACACCAGUGGCAGGAGAUGUGAGCAGUCCCCGAGUGGAGGCAGCACCAGUAGCAGGCGCCUUUCCAAAGGGUGCGUUUCCAAAAUCUGCGUCAAGAUCCUCCGCACAAAGGUUUGUGAUGAACAUGAAAAUGUCCUCCGAGGAGGAGGAGCAAAAAGACUUUGCUGCAACUAGUCGCCAGUGUUACAAGGAAGACUUUGGUGCAACUAGUCGCCAGCGUUACAAGGAAGACUUUGGUACCACUCGCGAGUCUUUUUCCUCAUGCUCUUCCGGAAGCGUGACGCCGUCCACGAUCGCGCCAUCAAGCGCGGCGUGCUCCUCAUCUAGUGCGGGUUCAUUUGCUGUUGUGGUGACGGAGGAUUCUGAUCGAGAAGAAAAUGGAAGCGUCGAUGAAGCACAAGCGGAAAAGAAAGACGUUCUUGUUGACGCAGAAGCUCCUAGAGGACGUCGAAGGUCGGAGCGCAGGUCAGAUCGCAACCCAGAACGGGUAGAUGCCAUGAAUCAUGCCAACCGAAGCCGUAGUCGAGGACGACAAGAAAAGACCAGGGUGCAAUGCGUCGACAGGAAUAGAACAUGCAGGAGAGUUCAUCCUGCAGCGAUCGCAGAUCAUGUGAGAAACAAGUACUGUUUUGAAGAUGCAGAAGGCAGGCCCUCUCGUCGAGCAAACGAGCAUGUUGAGCAGCGUCCCUCUCGUCGAGGAAAUAACGAAGCACACCAACGUCCUGUUCGUGGACCUAAAAAGUACUACUUUGAAGAGGCUCCAGUAGAGGAACGACAACGAGACAGAGUCGCUGAUCGAGACCAACCACAGAAGCGAUCUCGUUCUCCGGUCAAUGUAGUUCGUCGAGGGCCGGCUGUGGAGAAGAAGAAGUAUUGCUUUGAAGAGGAUGCAGUUCGUCGAGGGCCGGCUGUGGAGAAGAAGAAGUAUUGCUUUGAAGAGGAUGCAGUUCGUCGAGGGCCGGCUGUGGAGAAGAAGAAGUAUUGCUUUGAAGAGGAACGAGUUCAGAAUUCACGUCCUGUGCCUUGUCGUCGUGAAAAUGAUCAGACGUCCAGGGGCACUGAAAAGAGGCAUUCCUCUGAAGAGCACGUAAUAGAGAAUCGCAAUAGAGAAAGGCGUCCAGCGGAAAACUUUUCUCGGCGCGAGCAUCCUCCUGUAAACAAGAAAUAUUUGUUCGAAGAACGACAUGACCGCGAGCGACCCCAUACAGCAGUUGAAGAGCGACCACGUAGAGAUGCUGCUGAGCAUGCUACUAGAAGGUCAAGAUCACGCAAUAGCGACCGCAAAGAGCAAGCGCAGAAAGACGACCGCUCCUCUGUCCGUAGAAGUAGCCCUAGGAGAAACACGUCGACGGCCAGAGAAGACCGCUCUUCUGUCCGUAGAAGUAGCCCUAGGAGAAACACGUCCACGGCCAGAGAAGACCGAUUUCGCAACCAUAAAUGCUCCGGACAAGAUGCUAGACCAUCCAAACCUCCUGCCUAUUACAUGAACCCUAGUCCUACUCCCUCACCCUCUCUUUCCUUUCGAGACAACAGUAAAGGUCAUCAAGGAAAGGGUAAAGGAAAAGGUAAAGGCAAAAGUGGCAAACCCUCCUGGACAGAAGCCUUCAAGAAAAACAAUCAAGGCAUUGGCAAGGGUGGUCCUGCUGCGUCUGGGAAGAAGGAGAAAUACCCGAAAGUUGCAGCACACGGACCGAGUAUUCUGGUUAGCGGGUUGUCAAUAAUGACGUCUCCGGACUCUUUGAGGGAGUAUCUGCAAAAAUUCGGCAGAAUCAAAGACGUCUAUCUGCCAUUAGAAUACAAGGCAGAUCCGCCAAGACCGAAAGGGUACUUAGAAUUCUUCACUUUUGAUGUACUCUUGACUUUUUUUUCGAAAUUGAUUUCUGCUCGUGUGUACCUAUGGCAGGAAUCAAUCAUGUCUCUUUCGAGUCUUUCUUGAACCAAGAAGAACUCGGAAUCCCAAGAAUCGAUUGCCAGGCACAUCAAUCAAUCAAUCAAAUUGAAAUUCAUCAUUCCCCUCUCAGGUUUGGUUUCGUUGAGUUUAUCCACGAAGCAGAUGCACAAUUAGCGAUCGACAGUAUUCGCACCGCCGCCAACAAGGGAUCACGCGAAAAUGUCCUAGAUAAUGCCUUUUUACUGGCUGAUACCGCGAAAGCCCGACGAAAGAAGGCAGACCAAAUGAAAGAAAUCACGGGGAUUGAGUGAUUGUUUCUGAUACUGCGAAAGCUCGACGGAAGAAGGCAGACCAAAUGAAAGAAAUCACGGGGAUUGAGUGAAGUUGUUUUGGAAGGGCCAGGCCUUUUUUGGAAUCUUUAGACAGGACAGAAUUUAAGUUUUGGUUCUGGAUUUUUUGUUCUCGUCUUGGUUUGUUACUUCUUCUACCACUCACCCACUAGUUCUGGUUUUGGAUUAUUCUGCCCCCACCUAAUAGAAGAUGAUACCAAUCUCAUCUCAUAGUCCUCACAUGACCACGACAAUCCGGGGCACCAAGAGCUCAAAGAUGCCUCCAUUACUAGAAAACGCCAUCUACGAAGGUACUGUCGCGAUGUAAAGAUCUGUACGUUGUUGUUGUCAAAGAAACACUGGUAAAAUGGUCUUCAGUGCUAGAAAAAUCCUUGUUGUUUUGUGAAAUUGCUAUGUUAUGCUUUGUUUUGUUCUUCUACACGAAAACUUGCUUUGUUUUGUUCUUAUACACGAAAACUCAACGAUUUGCUUUUCGGCCUCUCCUCUAGGUUUCGAUGUACACAUGUCAUGGCAAGAACGUAAGAACCAUGAAUAUCGAUUCUCCAAACCAAAGAUUGUAGAUAGAUUCCCGCUCUUUAACGUUCUACAAGAGUACACCGCUAAGACAGAAAUUUUUAGAUUGCGUUGGCUAUAUCUGAAGACCACUUCUACGUACUAGAAUAUGAACACAACUACACAAUAUAGCUCUCCUCUCAACACAUGUUCUUACACACAGUGGAUUAUGACACGAUAAAUCUAGUUCCCAUAUUGAAUUCAUGUCAUAUUGAAUCUACUGCUCAUAUUGAUCAAUCUGUUCCACAUAGAUAAUCUCACACGUAAUUAUCACCCGACCCUAGUCGCGCGACUCUGUUUUCUUUCCCGAGGACCUUGGGUACGUUUCUCAUAUGUCUAUUGCCGUUUCGCACCGAAUGGGUAUGUUUUGUUGUUUUUUUACCCAGACUUUGACCUUGACCUUGAAGAUGCUCACCUUAAUCUGUAAAACGAACAGCCCUUUGACUUAUCGUUAUCCCGUCUCCAUUAUCUUCUUGAUAUUUUUACAAGAAUUAUAAUACCUUCCUUUUCCAUUUUGAAAAAAUGAAUCCUUCCGUCAUCGAGUAGCAUGUAUCCUCCACCAUGGAUGGUCGAUGAUUAUCUUCUCGGUGUCCCUCUCACAACGACCUACUGUUUCCACCACGAGCGAAUCUUUCGGAUGAUCCUGUGAUAUGAUGAGAUCACACGAUGAUACUAGAGAUAUUAGUCUAUCGUUUACUUUUCUUAUCCAGAGAAUGAAGGCAAAAAGUAUAAGAAUAAAGUAGAGAGUAUCACCAGAUAUCAGAAUAUUAAAGUGUACUGUUAGUGAUAGUGAGCACGACCAGGCCGGCGUGGAGAAAUGUAUGAGUAAUCGUGAGGACCUUAUCUGUGAUGAACAAGCCUGAGGACGUCGAUGGCAUUACUUGAAAUCAGGGGAAUGCGAUGAAGGUGUCUUCGGACACAAGUAUGGAAGGAUCUUCUUCUGGAUGACCCUCGCUCGCCUUUUGGCAUAUGUUGUAAUGACAUGCACUACUAUGGAUGUAGUUGAAAUGAAUGAUCCAUCUGCAGCUUUCUGGUAGCUGAUGUGAUGAAGAAAU